AUGGCUUCGCAGGCCGGUGCACAGAAGCCUCAGAUCCAGCCAUGUCGCUACAAGACAGGAAAGACUCUAGGAGCAGGCUCAUACUCGGUGGUGAAAGAGUGCGUACACAUCGAUACGGGCAGAUAUUAUGCUGCGAAAGUCAUCAACAAGCGGCUGAUGGCAGGACGUGAGCAUAUGGUCCGCAACGAGAUCGCCGUGCUCAAGAGAGUCUCGGUGGGACACCGCAACAUUCUCACCUUGGUUGACUACUUUGAGACUAUGAACAACUUGUAUCUCGUGACAGACCUUGCCCUGGGAGGAGAACUGUUCGACCGCAUCUGCAGAAAAGGUUCCUACUAUGAAUCUGAUGCCGCCGACCUGAUUCGAGCCACUCUGUCGGCCGUCGCCUACCUCCACGACCACGGCAUCGUGCAUCGAGACCUCAAGCCUGAGAACCUCUUGUUUCGGACGCCAGAAGACAAUGCCGACCUGUUGAUUGCCGACUUUGGAUUGUCGCGCAUCAUGGACGAGGAGCGGUUCCACGUUUUGACCACCACGUGUGGGACACCGGGAUACAUGGCUCCCGAGAUUUUCAAGAAGACGGGUCACGGAAAGCCUGUCGAUAUAUGGGCUAUAGGUGUAAUCACGUACUUUUUGCUAUGUGGCUAUACUCCCUUCGAUCACGAUAGUAAUCUCGAAGAAAUGCAAGCCAUCCUCGCGGCCGAUUACUCCUUCACGCCGGUCGAGUAUUGGCGCAACGUGUCCGAUACUGCCCGAGACUUCAUCAACCGGUGUCUGACCGUCGACCCUCGUGCUCGCAUGACGGCCCACCAAGCCCUGCAGCACCCCUGGAUCAAGCCUGAAGACCCCGCCAGCCCCGAAAAGGCGACCGGCGAGGGUCAAGAUCUCUUGCCGACGGUCAAGAAGAACUUCAACGCGCGUAGGACACUGCACAAGGCCAUCGACACGGUCAGAGCCAUCAACAAGCUCCGCGAGGGCGGAGGGUUGAUGGCCGGGCACAUGGAUGGAGCCAUGAGCGUCGACCCGAAACCAAAGGCCGAGAUGGUCAACGGGAAUAAAGUGCUCAAUGACCAGGGCCAGCCUAUUCAUGGCGAGGAGGCCGUAGGUGGAGCCCACGAUCACGGCGACGGCGACGGGGAUGCUAUGGAAGUCGACUCGCGAGGUAACGCAAGAGGGCAGACCGAGGACCAGAUUCAGCGGCAGCAGCAGAAAAUCACCGACACGGUUCGUGGACUGUGGGGGAGUAAACAUUGA